GCCGAGCUCGGGCCCCUCCCACUCACUCUCCCCUCAUUGGCUCCGCCUCCUCCGGUGGCGUCACUCGGCGGUUUCAUUCAAAAAAAGCGAGGGCGCUGGGUUUCCCCCGCGGGGCGCGCUCUUGGCCGGACCUCGGGGCGCCAUGGAGCCGGUGAGUCCCGGGAUUUAUUGGGGGGUUGCGCCCCCCCGCCCUCCUCCGGCUCAUGCCAGCGCCCGGGAAGGGGGCUUGAGGCCAGACCCUCAACUUCCUUGGGUGGGGGGCGGGGAGAGGAGCAUCAGCUCCGAGGGAGCUUCGUGGGGGGCCGGGUGGGGAUUUGAACCCAGGUCCCGUCCAGGACUCUAGCCACUGCGCCGCACUCUCCUCCCCUGCUCCCUCCCCCGCCUGCGGGACUUGACGUCUUUCCGCAGGGCCUGCAAGACAGAGCUAUUCCGCCUGGCCUUUGGUUUGGACUCAGACUGGCCCUUCUGUUCUUGAUCUAUUGGCUACUUUUUAAAUGAAGCUGCAUUUUCAAUUGCAUUUUAACCUGUAUUUUAAAUUGGUUCUCCCCCCGCCCCAAUUAUGUUUUUACUGUGAUUUUAUUGGUGUUAGCCGCCCUGAGCCCGGCUCUGGCCGGGGAGGGUGGGGUAUAAAUAACAUUUAUUAUUUAUUAUUAUUAAAAGAAUCACUUCCAAGAUUUCAGCAACAGAACUUCCACCCACCCCAGAGAAGAAGCAGGAAGAAGCCCUGAACAAAAGGAUUCUCUUACUUUUAUAUAAGUUUCCCCUUUCCCCCAUAAACACCUUUGGUGAAGCAUCAUGCAAGUUCCUGGGUUUCCUGGUGUUAUAAGAAACAACUGCUCCUUUAUCCUUAUCCAAGAGCCAGUAUGGGGUCCUUAUGUAGGUUUUCUGUCUGUAGGAGAAAAUAACAGAGGCCAACCAGAGAAUAUUGAGCAGCCAAGCCGCUAGUAAUGGAUGGAGGCAUAGCUGUCAACUUUUCCAUUUUUUUAAGGGAAAAUUCCCUUAUUCUGAAUAGGAUACCUCGCAAGAAAAGGGAAAAGUUGACAGCUAUGGAUGGAGGGCACCUCGGAAGAAGUCGUAGAGUUGAAAAGGACUCCCAAAGGUCAUCCAGCCAUAGGCAUGUAGGCCUUACUCUUGGCUUCCUCUAAAUCAGCCUUCCCAGAUGCUCCCCCACAGCACAGACAUACUGUAAGAAUAAGUCGAAACAAAUGGCCUGGCCUGCCUUUCUGUCUUUUACAAGCCCUCCUGGCCAAGGCAGCUUACCCAGAGGACCAGUGGGGGCUAGGGGUUUGAGCAUAGGGGAGACCCGGGUGUUCACUGGGUGUGGCCUUGGGCCAGUCCUUGCCUUCUCUCAGCCUAACCUGCCUCACAGGGUUGUUGUGGGGAUUAAAUGAGGAGGGGGAGAACCAGGGACGCCACCUUGAGCUCCUGGAAGGAAAAGGCGCAAUGCAAAUGUAAUGAAUAAACGGAAUUAGGGUUGCCAUGUAUCAAAAAGUAAAAACCAGGACACCGCAAAAGUUGUUGAGCUUUUCUAAGGAAAACCCCAACAUUACUGAGCUUUUUGAAAGGAAAACCCCUGGACGUCAAUUCCACCUUUGAAAUCCCAGUAGUGUCCGGGAAAAUGGCAGCCCUAACGAAAUAAAAGUCACUAAAAAAUGAGUGAAAUCAAGGCUGCUCUCUGAGGACUGUUUUCUCAAUAGUGAAACACAGAAUCAUAAAAAUCAGUCCAAGAAGUUUAGCAUUUUAUCACCACCUCCUGGAAUGGCAUUGUGGUGGUGCCCCAAUCGAAAAGGACCUGUUUUAUUUAUUUUUAUUGCAUUUCGAUCCCCCCCCCCCACCGCAAACUAUUUCAGCUUCACACAACCCUGUGUGGUAGGCAAGGCUGAGAGAGAGCAGUUGCCUCCGUUUCCCCUCUGCUGUGAACAUCCUGGCUGAGUCAGGAUUUGAACCCAGCUCUCACAUUUCUGCAACAUCCUAUGAGCCUGUGUUGGUUUUUUUGCUUCUGCAGCCCAGCCAGGAACGGCUGCCUGGCGACUCACUCCGAGACAGCCACCCACAGGAGAUGGCCGAGCCAAACCUGGCUUUGGAAACCCCCAAAAGAGAAAGUCUCCCCUUCCCUGCCUUGCAAGAUGAGAAGAGCGUCGCCCCAGGCUCUGCAGGAACCGGGAGGUCCCCUCGGAGCCUCCUAGAGGCCGGCCCAAAUGCAUCCUCGGAGGACAAGGCUUCCAUCCAGCAAGAGGAGAAGGACAGUGGUCUUAUUUCAGUCUCCCCAUUGAGUCUCCUGGAGGUCAGACCAAAUGCAUGCUCAGAGGACAAGACUUCUGUCCACGAACAGGAGAAGCAUAAUGGCAUCACUUCAGUCUCUGUGGUUCCUGAAAUGACUUGGGCGUCCCCCUCUUGGCUCCUGGAUGCCAGACCAAAUGCAUCUUUGCAGGACAAGAGUUCUGACCUGCAUCCCCAACUGAGUCUCCUAGAGGCUGGACCAAAUGCAUCCUGGGAGGAUAAGGCUUCUGUCCAGGAAAAAGAGAAAGACAGUGGCCUCACUUCAGUUUCUGUGAUGCCUGAAGUGACCUGGAUGUCCCCCUCUUGGCUCCCGGAGGCCGGCUCAAAAGCAUGCUCACAGGAUGAGGGUUCUGACCUGCAUCCUGAGAAGGACAAUGGUCUUAUUUCAGUCCCCCAACUGAGUCUCCUGGAGGCUGGACCAAAUGCAUCUUUGCAGGACAAGGCUUCCAUCCAGCAAGAGGAGAAGGACAACAGCCUCACUUCAGUCUCCCCAUUGAGUCUCCUGGAGGUCAGACCAAAUGCAUCUUUGCAGGACAACGCUUCUGCACAAGAACAGGAGAAGGACAAUGGCAUCACUCCAGUUUCUGUGGUUCCUGAAAUGACUUGGACGUCCCCCUCUUGGCUCCUAGAGGCCGGCCCAAAUGCACGCUCAGAGGACGAGGGUUCCAUCCUGCAUCCCGAGAAGGACAGUGGUCUUAUUUCAGUCCCCCAACUGAGUCUCCUGGAGGCUGGACCAAAUGCAUGCUCAGAGGACAAGACUUCUGUCCACGAACAGGAGAGGGAUAAUGGCAUCACUUCAGUCUCUGUGGUUCCUGAAAUGACUUGGACGUCGCCCUCAAAGCUCCUGGACUCAAAUGUGUCUUCAGAGGACAAGGGUUCCAUCCUGCAUCCCGAGAAGGACAGUGGUCUUAUUUCAGUCCCCCAGCUGAGUCUCCCGGAGGUUGGACCAAAUGCAUCUUUGCAGGACAAGGCUUCUGUCCAAGAACAGGAGGAGGACAACAGCCUCGCUUCAGUCUCUCCUUUGAGGCUCCUGGAGGCUGGACCAAAUGCAUCCUCGGAGGACCAGGAGCAAGAGAGGGAUAAUGGCAUCAUUUCGGCCUUUGUGUCGCCUGCAGCUUCCCAGAUCCUCCCUCUGAACAUCCUGGAGACAGGACUCAACACAUCCCCGAUGAAUACGGCUUCUGUCCUGUGGCAGCAGAGGAAGGCGGCUGCUUCUCUGGUUUCAGCGGCCACCUGGAUGUCGCCUCUGAGCCUCCUGGAGACGGGUGUCAACACCUCCCUGGAGGAGAGGACUUUGACCAAGGACAGCACAGCAGAAACAGACUCCCUGCUGUGGCAGUAAGUAGAGCGCCUAAGACCCAGGUCUUCUCUGGGGACUGAGACCCUCCGUUGGUGUCUGUCUGCUCCAUCCAGCCGCUGCGUCCAGGUCUCGAAGGUCUGGCUUGGGGGGGGGGCAGAAAGAGCACCUGUGAAGGGGACCCCUUAGCCCCUCCUCUUUGCAAAGAGAGAGGCUAGGCACUAAUUAUUAUUAUUAUUAUUAUUAUUAUUAUUAUUUACUCCCCACCCAUCUGGCUGGGUUUCCCCAGCCACUCUUGGCAGCUUCCAACAAAACACUAAAAUGCAAUAACCUAUUAAACGUUAAAAGCUUCCCUACACAGGGCUGCCUUCAGAUGUCUUCUAAAAUUUUGUUAGUUAUUUUUCUCUUUGACAUCUUCUAGGAGGGCAUUCCACAGGGUGGGCGCCACUACCGAGAAGGCCCUCUGCCUGGUUCCCUGUAACUUGGCUUCUCGCAGUGAAGCCAAAAAAACCCUCGGCACUGGACCUCAGUGUCCGGGCAGAAAGAUGGAGGUGGAGACGCUCGAGCCAAGGCCAUUUAGGGCUUUAAAGGUCAACACCAACACUUUGAAUUGUGCUCGGAAACGUACUGGGAGCCAAUGUAGGUCUUUGAAGACCGGUGAUAUAUGGUCUCGGCGGCCGCUCCCAGUCACCAGUCUAGCUGCUGCAUUCUGGAUUAGUUGUAGUUUGCGGGUCACCUUCAAAGGUAGCCCCACAUAGAGCGCAUUGCAGUAGUCCAAGCAAGAGAUAACCAGAGCAUGCACCACUCUGGUGAGACAGUCUGCGGGCAGGGAGGGUCUCAGCCUGCGUACCAGGUGGAGCUGAUAAACAGCGGCCCUGGGAUUGGGAUUGGGCCUUGAAGGGGAUGGAAGAGGUCCACAGAGUCGUCACUUCUGCCUCUGGGGGCAGAGAUAGGGACACAUGUAUUUUUUUCUUAAAAGCAGGACGGGGUAAAGACAGAAGUCUUUAAAAAAUGUAUGAAAUAAUUUUUUUUCUUUUUCCCACUGCUUGAAUAUAAAAACAACAACUACCACCCUCAAAGCAGUUUACGAAAAGAUGAAACAAUAAAAUUAUUGGGGGAAAUCAGCAAAACUAAAAAAAUCCUAAAACAGGUUAAAGUUCACCUUGACUUUUCUCAGUGUUUAGCCAGGCUCGUCUUACCACAAAUGCCUUAAGAGGCAUUGAACAGUACGGUGAAGUCACCGGCUUAAUAUCAGUAGGCAGGGAGGUUCUGCCGCCCUAAACUGUCAGGUCCGUACAAAUGCGGAAGGGGGAUUAUGUGGCAUAUGUUGGAAGCUGCCAUAAAUGCCAGGCUGCGUUAGUCCGCCGAGCUCAGCAUGGCCUCCUCUGACCGGCAGCAGCUCCCCAGGAUCUCAGACACCUUCCAAGCGGGAGGACCAAACCCAGGGCCCUUCUGCAUGCCAAGCAGGUGUCCAGCCACCUGGCUGCACCUCUUCCCCAGCACACAUGAGGCUGCUGUGGUUUUUAUUCCCCCCACGCCACCCCGACUUGGACUGUUCCCCCAGCUAGCCCUGGCAAUGUCGGGAUUUGAACCCAGGACCUGCAUGCAAAGCAGGGACUCCAAAUCCUAGAGUUGGAAGGGCCCUUGAGGGUCCUCUAGUCCAGCCCCCUGCAAUGCGGCAAACCACAGGUGGCCUCUCUGCUGUUUCCUCCUAGCUUGUCUCAGGACCAGCUGCGCAGCCUGUCUCGGGCAGAGCUAGAGGAGCACCUGGCCAGCUCCCAGAUCGUCGUGGAAGCCCUUUCCCGGGAGAUCCGGGACUGCCUGAAUUCCCAGAGGUUGCCUGCCUGCGUGGGACCGGCGGAUCAAAGGGACGCAGCCACCCAGACCCCCAUCUCUGAGCCCAGCCAGGUAAGCAGGGAACAGGGUUCGAAAUUAGCAGGGCACCAGGCGCAUUUGGCGCCUAAAGAUUCUCCAUUUGCGAGCGCCUCAUAUUUUUGCGCCUGGCUUGACACUCCAGGAUUCCUGAAAUGUAGGUGCUUUGAAGCCUCGAAGUUAAGGAUAGACAAUAGGCCAAGGAAUUUAACAAGAAAGAGUAGAUAAAAAAUUUAAAAAUUGCCCAGUGUGCUUAUACCAAGAACAAACUUAGUUGGUCUCUCAGGUGCUACUGGACAAUUUUUUUAUAUAUUUUGACUGCAUCAGACCAACACGCCUACCUACCUGAAUCAAGAAAGAGUAGAGUGUUUUGAAAAGUAUGGUACCAAUAUUUUUAUUGCCAACACCAAAUUAAACAUGUACAUUCUACCUUGGGUUGAAUGUGCUUCAAGUUGAGCGCUUUCAGGUUGUGCUCCGUGGCAACCCGGAUGUAACAGAGCACGUUACUUCCAGGUUUCGCCGCUCGUGCAUGCACAGAUGCUCAAAAUGACAUCACGCGCAUGCGCAGAAGCAGCAAAACGCGACCUGCGCAGACGCGCUGUCACAUCUUACGUUCUAUUCAGGAUGCGAACGGGGCUCCAGAACGCAUCCCCUUCGCAUCCCAAGGUACCACUGUAUUAACAAUUUCUGCUAGAAAUGUGAUAUUAACAAUGUGUCGCUUACGUGAAUUGCAUAUUAACUCAUGCUUAUCAAAAUGAUAAAUAAAAAAUGUUGCUGACUCCCCCCCCCCCCCAAAAAAAUGGCGACUAGACGUUCUGUUUUGGUGCCCACAAUCCAGGUCCCAGGAGCCAUUUGCUCCUAGUUUUUCUGUCCCAGUUUCUAACACUGGCAGGGAAGAGACCCGGGUAGAGAAGGAGGAGGCCUCAUCCAGCCACGGAUAUCUGCACAAGUUUUGUGAGAUCUCGCCAUCACCCGGCAAGGGAGGCCACACAACUGGUCUUGGCUGGGGAGGGCGGGGUAUAAAUAAAAAUUUAUUUUUAUUAUUAUUAUUAUUAACUGAAAUGAGGGAGGCUUCUGCUGGGUCAGGGCAGAGUGGAUUUAUAGUCCACCUUUUUUCUCCAAGGAGCGCAAGGGGGGGUACGUGGUCCCCCCCCCCAUGUAAUCACCACAACAACCCUGCAAGGUAGAUUAGGUUGAGAGGCAGUGACUAGUUUGAGUAUAAUUAUUUAUUUAUUUAUUUAUUUAUUUAUUUAUUUAUUAUUUUCUGUUGAUUUAUUGUAAACUUGCCAGAUUUUUUUCAAUGAAUCCAGGGACACUUUUCAACUUCAAUGGAUUUUGUUAAGGGGACUGGUUUGUAAAUCCAGGGACUGUCCCCAGGAAAUGGGGACGUCUGGUAACCUUAAUUUAGUGGUUUAUCUAUCGUCUGUAUAAGAUUCUGUUUUUUAAUGUUUGAUGUUUUAUUAUGUUUUUAUAUAUACUGUGAGCAGCCCAGAGUGGCUGGGGAAACCCAGCCAGAUGGGCGGGAUAUAAAUACAGUAAUAUAUUUAUAAAUAAUAAAUAAUUAUUUAUAAAUUGAAAGACUUUACUGAAAUUGAAAGACUUUAUUGUGACUUGUACAACUUGCAUACAGUGAGAUUACACGAGCACCCCGCACUCAGCUCUCUUAGUCUUAAUUCUCCUUGUUUUCUGACGCACACCCACCAAACCUGAAAGUCAGUUGCCCUGUUGUUUUCAUCUUUUCAUUCGGCAGCCUAACAGCCCACGGAUAGAAGCUGUUCUUCACCCUGUUGGUGCGACUAAUCAGGCUUCUAUAUCUUCUGCCCGAGGGCAGGAGAUCAAGAAAGUGCCGGCCAGGGUGUGAAUCAUCCCUGAGAAUUUUCCUUAUUUUAAUAUAGCUUUGUGGCCGAGUGGGAGGAUUUGAACCCUGGUCUCUCCCAGGUCCUGGUCCAGCACUCUAACCACUGCACCACGCUGCUUCCAGCGUUGCACAAAGAUGGUCCAGCCGUUCAGGGCGGAAACCAGCUGGCCGGCCUGGUCAUUCUCGCGCCACUGGGUUCCUCACGCGGCCAAGCCACGUUCUCUCUCUCUCUCGGCAGCGGAUUCCUGCAGCGUGCCAGCGGGCAUUAAGCCUUGCACGGCUGCACAUGGACAGCAGGGGCUGACCCCGGCUUUGUCUCUCUGCCGGGGACGGGAUGUGUGUGUGUGUGUGUGUGUGUGUGUGUGUGUGUGUGUGUGUUUUGUGGGCAGCGCCUGUGUUUGGCAGAUCUGGUGAGCGAAGGAAAGGGAAAUCCAUGCUGGGAGAGUGGUCUUUGAGGUCUGAAGAGCUGCACUCUCUUCUAGAACUCCUAAAAUUAGUACCAUACAGUGGAACCGUGGUUUUUGAGCGUCUCAGAAGCCAAACGUUUUGGUUUUUGAACGCCAAAAGCCCAGAAGUACAGUGGUACCUCAGGUUAAGUACUUAAUUCGUUCCGGAGGUCCAUUCUUAACCUGAAACUGUACUUAACCUGAAGCACCACUUUAGCUAAUGGGGCCUCCCGCUGCCGCCGCACAAUUUCUGUUCUCAUCCUGAAGCAAAGUUCUUAACCCAAGGUACUAUUUCUGGGUUAGCGGAGUCUGUAACCUGAAGCAUAUGUAACCUGAAGCGUAUGUAACCCAAGGUACCACUGUAAUUGCUUCCACUUUCGAUACGAUACGAUAAUCUUUAUUGUCAUUGUCCCAUACAGAACAACGAAACUGAAAAAUCUACACCAGACAUUGACAACCCAACAAGCCUGCUAUCCCAACUAUCCCAGCCUGGUUAGCCCCUAAAAACUCUGAUACCCCAUAAUUGAAUUCAAUAUACUGUACUCACAUAGAGACUACCUACACUGCAUUUAAAACCGAAAUCGCAUUUGGAUAGAAACUGUUUCUCAAACGCGCCUUGGAAGUCAAACAGCUUCUCCAUUUUCUCAAUGGAUUUUGCGGGGCCGUCCGUCGAGCCUCGGCUGUUAAACAUUUCGGAAGUCAAACAGUCUUCCGGAAUGGAUUACGUUCAGCUACCGAGGUUCCACUGCACAAAGAAUAGUAGGCUUCGGAGGUACCCCCAGAGUCUGACCCCCCGCAAUGCAGGAAUUUCAGCUGAAGGAUCUCCGACAACUGGCCAUCUACUCCCUUGCUUAAAAAACUAGACAUCAGGAAGAACUUUCUGGCAGUAAGAGCCGUUCGGUGGUGGAGCGGUCUCCUUCUGAAGAUGGUGGACUCUCCUUCCUUAGAGAUUUUUAAGCAGAGGUUGGGUGGCCAUCUGUCGGGGAUGCUUUAGUUGUGGUUCCUGCAUGGCAGCAGGGGGUUGGUCUGGAUGACCUUUGGGGUUCCCUUCCAGCUCUAUGAUUCUAUUUUUCUAUUGGAAGCAGUUUGUGUGCUGCUGCUGCUACUAUUAGUAAUAAUUGUUUCAUUUCCCAGGAGGUGCAGCUGUACCGUGAGAUGUACGAGGCCCUCUGGAAGAGACACGACCCCCUUCAAAAGACUCUGAAGAACCAGCGUGCUCUGGUUGAGAGGCUGGCCACAGCCACAGAUGAGAUGGUGGGUUGGUUGGUUGGUUGGUUGCUGGGCAUGCAAAUAGGUGUGAGGGGAGGGUGAGGGGAGACAGAGUCCGGUGGUGUCCGGAGGGUUACAGGUGCCCCUCACCCCUGGCACCACCUUCGAGGCUGGUUUCCCACCCUGAAUUGCUGGAAAUUAAUUUUUGAACAGUGAUGCCAAUGGCAACGAGGUCUUCCGCUUGAGGGGUUUGACUGCUGAUUUAUUCAACUUGUUGCAUUUAAAUCCCACCUUUUCCUCAAGGGGGGCAGGUGUGGUUCUCCUCGCCCUGCUCAUUUUAUCCCCACAACGAACCCUGUGAGGUAGUUGGGGCCAGGAGGAGGCAAGGAGGACUGGCCCAAGAACACCCAGGGAGAGCUGCAGGGCUGAGUAAUAAUAAUAAUAAUAGUAAUAGUAAUAAUUAUUUAUUAUUUGUGGUUUCCCCAGCCACUCUGGGCGGCUUCCAACAGAAUAAUAAAAUACAAUAGUCUUUUAAGCAUUAAAAGCUUCCCUAAACAGGGCUGCCUUCAGAUGUUUUCUAAAAGUCUGGUAGUUGUUGUUUGACAUCUGGUGGGAGGGCGUUCCACAAGGCUGGUGCCACUACCGAGAAGGCCCUCUGCCUGGUUCCUUGUAACUUGGCUUCUCGCAGCGAGGGAACCACUCGAAGGAGUGCGGGGGAUUUGAACCCUGCUCUCUCCCGGGUUCCAGUCCAGUGCUCUAACCACUGCACCAGGCUGUUCCUUGUAAGCUGAGAUAGCUUAUAAAGAGCCUUUGGCGCCGUGUGUGUAGAUCUGGCUCCCAUUCUGCCUGCAGAGAGGAUGCCUUUUGGAUUCCACGUUUCUCCGAGAGACAGCCGAAGCCUCCUUCCAACGCCUUCAGGAUGACCGUCGCUCCCUUAGCCAGCAGGUGAGGCCCAAGCGAUGGGCUGGGUGGGGAGGAGGGGACACAGAGUCUGUUUCUCCCUCCCACCCCCCGGCAGGAGGGUCCCUGACCUUCAAAUGUUAUUGUUAUUCAUGUUUUUAUACUGUAUUUUAUGCUGCUUUUACGAUUAAGUGUUUUAUAUUUGUUGUUAGCCGCCCUGAGCCCGGUUUUUGAACCGGGAAGGGCGGGGUAUAAAUAAAAAUUUAUUAUUGUUGUUAUUUAUUAUUAUUUCUCUCUCUCUCUUGCAGCAAAAGCAGUUGGGCAACCUGAUCUCUCGCAUCCGGGAGAAGUGGAGCCGGAUUGAGGACGAAAGGAAGAAGACCCUGAGAGACAAGGAGGCGGUGCGUAGAAUCGCAGAACCAUAGAGUUGGAACGAGAACCCCAGGGGUCAUCUAUUCUGACCCCUUACAAUGCAGGAGUCCCGCCGGAUGGAUGAUCCCUGACAGGGGGCCUGUCCAACCUUUGUUUGUUUAUUUUAUUAUACAAGAACACGUAGGCACCAGAAAACCGGGUAGCAAAGCAAUACAGUGGUACCUCGGGUUACAUACGCUUCGGGUUACAGACUCCGCUAACCCAGAAAUAGUACCUCGGGUUAAGAACUUUGCUUCAGGAUGAGAACAGAAAUCGUGCUGCAGCGGGGGGCCCCAUUAGCUAAAGUGGUACUUCAGGUUAAGAACAGUUUCAGGUUAAGAACGGACCUCCGGAGUGAAUUAAGUACUUAACCCGAGGUCCCACUGUACAGAGUUGUAGGUUAAAAUAACAACAGCAAUAUUUGCAUAAGUGAAAAUCCAAACCAUUAAAAACUCCUUCAAGUUACCCCAACAGCAGGUUCUUUCUGGGGAAAAAUACUUGGGUGGGUAUCAUCAUUUUUUAAAGUUAAUUUUUUAAUUUCUAUGCUGUCUCUCUAUCUUACAAUGCUCAAGGCAGUUUACAAGCUGAAGAAACGAAAAAUGUACAACUUAUGACAAUCUAAUGCAAUACAAAAAUGUGAUAAUAAAACUUUAAAAUAGGCAGCCUACAUCAAAAAAGUAACAUUCAGCAAUCAUUAGAACAGUAUUAAAUAAUAAUAACAUAUAAAAGUUAAACAGAAAUCCACUCAACAGUUGCAAUAAAUAAUUUCUAAACUACAAUCAAUAAAACAACGGCAAGCCCACAGUACAUAAAAUAAUACAAUACAAAAUGAAAAGCAGAGACUACAAGGUGGGGGAAGGCAGGUAUGGUGAUCCUAGAAUUACAGAGGUGGCCGGGAUGCCUGAGGGUCUUCUUCUCCAGCCCCCUGCAGUGCACAAAUCUCAACAUCCGAGACAGAUGGCCAUCUAAACUCUGCUUAAAAGCCCCCAGGUGAGGAGAGUCCCUUCCGCUGUCAAACACCUCUUAGGGACUGAAACAGGAACAUUGGCUUGCAGAGUAAUAGACCAGGCAUAGGCAAACUCGGCCCUUCAAAUGUUUUUUGGGACUACAACUCCCAUCAUCCUUGACCACUGGUCUCGCUAGCUAGGGAUGAUGGGAGUUGUAGUCCCAAAACAUCUGGAGGGCCGAGUUUGCCUAUGCCUGUAGGAGAUGCAAAAUACAAUUAGAGAUACUAGACAAGAGUUUCAAAAAGCAUGGGGAAAAUGCAGAGAAUACUUCGCAAAACAGUGCCCUAAAAUACAUACCUGGACUUGUUUCAAUUAAUGUCUGCAGGAGACUUUGUGGAUAUUUAAGUUAUAAUUAGAAAAAUCUUAAUAAUUAUUCAUAAAGGAAACAGCUUAUAAGAAGUAAAUAAGGAGGCCGGAUACAGGAUAAAGGAAGUCUUUUAUUUGGUUCUUUGUAUUGUUGUAUGCUAUGCUUAUUGUAUUUCUGUAUUGGGGGGGUGAGGGGUUUAUGUUAUGUUGUAAAUAAAAUUUACAAUUAAUUUUUUUUUUAAAAAAACACCUUGUUUUUUAAAAGAGGUGUUACUCUUUUCUGUAAAGACUGCUUAGCUCAGGGUAGGUUAAAAAAAAAGAGGCAAGCUUUUUGAUGUCAUAGGUCUCUUGAGUACAGAGGAAGAUGCAGGUGGGCGGAUGAGCCCUGCCAGCUUUUCUGUUCUGUUUGUGGGGGAAACAUGGGGCACCAUAAUUCCCUGAUUAUGGUUCAGACCAUCAGUCCAUUGAGCUCAGUAUCGCCUGCACUGGCGGGCAGCAGCUCUCAGGGUGGCUGCGUCUCUCCCAGCCCUACCCGGAAUCGCCGCGGAGGAUUGAAUUUGGGGUCUUCUGCAUGCAGAGGGGGAAGGGUUAGUUGUGCGAAUCCUCUGACAGAAAAGUUCCCUGUGUAAUCCCUCUUCCGCCUCCGUUCGCUCCUUGCAGGCAGACCACGUUCUGGAGUUGUUCCGGAAACACGCCACCCAACGCAUCGGGCAGCUGGAGCAGGACUGCGGGUCCUGGCGGCGUCUCCGCACCCUGCUGGUGGAGGCCAACGCACUCCAGGUGAGCGGGGAAGGAGGCACCGGGGGCCUGGCCCCAACCUCUGGGUUCCAGGGUCUCAGAUCUUUCCAAUCGCCUGCAAACGGGUUUUAAUUUUUAAGGUGCUGCGCCUUUUGCGGAGUCUGCAUGUGGCCUUCUGCUGGUUUUGACAGGGACGGACGUAUAGGACACAGCUCAAAAAGAGCAUCCAUCCCUGCCCCUUGUGGCAAGGAGUUCCGUGGUUUAACCCUGCGCUGUGUGAUGAAGAACUUUUAAAAAUCUGUCCAUUGUUCAGCCUCAUUGGAUGUCUGUGACUCCCAGGGUUACGAGAGAGGGACAAAAACUUUUCCUUGUCCUCUCCUUCCACGCCAUGCGUAAUUGUAAUAAACUACUUUUUUCAUUAAAAUUUUUUUGACAAUUUCAACAUAACAAAAUAUCAAAACAUCUCAUACUCAUCAUUCCCCCCCACCUCCCCAUCAAAACCCCAAGACUUCCCUCAGCUCCUCUCUCUGAUUUCUCAACUCGUAUUGUUCUCUGCAUACUGUAAAAUUGUAUAAAUCCUUAUAUUAUCUAUCUACUAUGUUAACAAUAAAGUUGUGUGUGUUUAUUCAAAACCUGCCAAGGAGUCCAAUUCCUUUUGUUGUCUUUUUAAGUAAUAUGUGAAAAGUUCCCAUUCUUUAAAAUCACUGGUGUCCUGAUCUCUCAAUUUGUAGGUCAAUUUAGCCAGUUCUGUGUAGUUCAUCCAUUUCUCUUGCCACUGAAUUGUAAUAAACUUCAAUUGUGUUGUCGUCUACUCUCCUUGAAACGCAAAAGCCCCUUUCUCCAUGGCGCUCCUUCUGGCUGCCCUAUUCGGACCCCUUUCCGGCUCUGCUGCGAGCCCCUGAAGGAAGCUCCUCUCUUUCAUCCGCACACUUUUCCCGUUUGUCGUUUCUGCAGUCUGAUCUCUCGGGCGGCUACGCCAAACACCUGGCGGAGGAGGCCUGCCUCGCGACAGCGCUGCAGAGCAACUGGGCGAAGAUGGGGCGCAACGUGAGUCCUGAUUCACUCCUGGCCUCCCCGGCUCCCUUUAAAAUAAUAAUAAUAAUAAUAAUAAUAAUAAUAAUAAUAAUAAUAAUAAUAAUAAUAAUAAUUUAUUAUUUAUACCCUGCCCAUCUGGCUGAGUUUCUCCAGCCACUCUGGGCGGCUCCCAAUUGAGUGUUAAAAACAGUACAGCGUUAAAUAUUUAAAACUUCCCUAAACAGGGCUGCCUUCAGAUGUCUUUUAAAGAUAAGAUCGCUGCUUAAUUCCUUGACAUCUGAAUGGAGGGCGUUCCACAGGGCGGUUGCCACUACCGAGACGGCCCUGUGCCUGGUUCCCUGUAACCUCACUUCUCUCAAUGAGGGAACCGCCAGAAGGCCCUCGGCGCUGGACCUCAGUGUCCGGGCUGAACGAUGGGGGUGGAGACGCUCCUUCAGGUAUACAGGACCAAGGCCUUUGCCAGACUUCUCCGACGGGGGGACUAAAUCUCUCUCUCUUUCUCUCCAGUAUGAGGCCAUGAGGACCCUGGCGGGCCGAUUCCGAGUCACAAUGGGGCAGAUGGUCCAGAGGGUGAGGGCAGCCCAGCAGGAGCUCGCCCAGCACCACGAGGCAAGUCUUCUCUUGGGGGUGGAACUGAACCAGGGAGGAGGGUGUAUGUGUCUCAAAGGGCUGGAUCGGGCCCCCAGCCCCAAAUCCAGUCCUGUUUCUCCCUUUGCGCCAAAGACUCUUGCUCUCUCCCUCCAUUUCCCUGGUUCCCGGUGUUCUGGGGUAGACUGCCUCUGAACUUGGAGGUUCCACCAUAUCUCCAUAAUGCCUCAUUGUGCCGUUUUCCCCACUAUAGUUCUGUUCUGGGGCGAGUGGUGUGAGAUUUUGGGGCUGUUCUCCACUCAGUCACAACGGCUGUUUGAGAUAAGACCAGUCCUUCUGACAAUAUUUCUAUGUUGGUGUUUGCGAACGUGUUCUGCCUCGUUGCCGUUCAUGGAGUUGUAAUAAACGAAAAUCUGCCCUUAUUCCCUUAUGGGGGACACAAGAGCCCUUAUAGAGUCCUUUGUAGGUUCUCCAUCUGUCAGAGAAAAUAACAGAGGCCAACCAGAGAAUACUGAGAAGCAAAGCAGCUCGUAAGCCUGAUCUUUAUUGAUCUGUUGCAGCAGGGUCCUCACUCACCACACGAAGGAAGGAGGAGGAACCCAGAACAAUGGCGCGCAAGGCCUUAUAAAGACUUUUGAAAUUGCCACCCUGUAGAUCAAGACCACCCCCAGAAACAUCAUAACUACGUCACAGAAAGGGGUGUAGCUCAAGAGAAAUCUGAGUACAUUGUUUACCUCCUGUCAUUGUUUAUCUUCUGUCUGGCAGGUUACCUAUUAAUGGUCACUUGAUUGGAUACCCUGGGGAGCCUGGCCAGUCUUUUGUAAUGAUAAAUACUUAGUUCCUGAGCCAGGUCACAGGCUCACCCUAUUCAUACACAGAUAUGCCCUUAAGACAGGUUUUGUGAAUGAAAAGACAAUAGGGAGGCUUUUCCAUUUUCCUUUGACCUCGCAGAGAAAACAUUUGGUCAGUCUGGGAGCCAGAAUGGCUCCAGGACUGCUUUCCUGUGCUGCUUCAGACAUGUGGUUUAUAUAUUUAUGUACGUGUUUGCUUGGUACAUUUAUGAACAUUUAUUAUAUAUAUAAGAGCUUAAUUUAUUUAUUUCAGACUUAACCCUUCUUAAUCCUUUGCUGCCUGCAGGUGUGCAGGAAGCUGGAGAAUGCAACACAGGAGCUGGUCGAAGCCUUGGGACGGGGAAAUGAGCUAACUGCAGCCAAGAUUCACCUGCAGACAGGUGAAUCGACCAUGUGUCUCUCGCCUGGGAUGGGUGGGAAGCAUCGCCUUUUGAGUCCAGGACUUUUGGAGACGCGUCAACCUUCCUCUGGUUUUGUCCUAAAACUCUCAAGAUCCUUUAGCCGUGGGGUAAAAGAAAAGUUUUUAAAUUUUAACUUUCCAUAUGUUGCAUAAAACACCCGAAAAAUUCUCCAAAGCCAAGGGAAGUGGAACUGAAAUAUUUGCGGCUCUGAAGUUGGCCGAGACAUGGCUGCCGGUCCGUGUAGACAGUACUGAGCCAGGUGGACCCAGUGGCAUGACUCCGGGCUAUAGUUGAGUGGCAGAGCACUUGCUUGGCAUGCAGAAGGCCCUGGGUUCGAUUCCCGACGGCAUCCCCCAGGGAGGGCUGGGCCCUCCAGCUUUCUUAAGCAGGCAAGCAGAAGAGCUUCUUCCUUGAAUUUGUAGCCUGUCUUUCUCCAAUGAAUUCUUGGUUCACCCCCCUCCUCAGUUAUUCCCUCCAACGACCCUGUGAGGUAGGUCAGGAGGCUGCGGCUGUGGGAAUUUGAACCCUAAUCUUGUCCAACACUCUAACCACUAUGCCAUUCUGCCUUCCUAGAAUACUUCUGCUAUGGGGCAGCUCUAUAAAUGAAGUAGGUAAAUAAAUUUGGGGAGAGCAGAAUGUCCCUUAGAGAAGGAUCUGAAAUGUUUUCCCUGAAGCUUGAAUUUAUUUUAUUCUGGAUUGCUUUAAACUGCUUUGAUAUGUAAAAAUAAAUAAAUAAAGGGGUAUAGAAAUGAAAUGAAUAAUAUUUUUCACUGUAAAAAAAAAAGGCCCCUUGACAGUCCGUUGUGGUGAUCACAACCUAGGCUUAAGGUGCCAUUUGGCGAUGAGCUUAUUAUAUACAGUGCUACCUUGGUUCUCAAACUUAAUCCAUUCCGGAAGUCUGUUCCAAAACCAAAGUGUUCCAAAACCAAGGUGCAUUUUCCCAUAGAGAGUAAUGCAAAACAGAUUAAUCCGUUCCAGACUUUAAAAAACAACUCCUAAAACAGCAAUUUAACAUGAAUUUUACUAUCUAACAGAACCAUUGAUCCAUAAAAUUAAAGCAAUAAUCAAUGUUCCUUACUAUAAAAUAAAUAAGCCAGUCUUGUAGAUGAUGAAAAUUAAUUCCCCCCCCCCCCCAUUACCUGCACUAAUGAUAGUCAUUGUUUGGAUGGGGGGCUUUUACCCAUUUCCGCAGUCACACAAUCGGUCCAUCAAUCAUAAAACGAAAAACAAGCCACAGUCACAAAAAUGGAAAAGCCACACAAAAGCGCAAAAAAUAGCAAAAAAGAAAAGCACCAAAUAUCACCUCGGAACACUGCAAUCAGAAAUGGAAGGCUUUCAUUACGAUGCUGGGGACUCAAAUUAGCUGUGCAACAGUAAAAACGGAAGCUCAAGAGCACAUUCUGCUUCUGGGGCAAAGUUCAAAAACCAGAACACCUACUUCCGGGUUUGCAGCGUUCGGGUACUGAGUUGUUCAGAAACCGAGGUACCACUGUAUAUUAUUAUUAAUAUUAUUAAUAAUAAUAAUAAUACAGUAAUACCAAGGGUUGAAGUAGCUUCGGGAUAAGUAUUUUCGGGCUGCACGCUGCAGUGACCCAGAAGUAACAGAGCAUGUUACUUCCGAGUUUUGUCACCCACGCAUGCGCAGACGGUCAAAAUGAUAUCAUGCGCAGAAGCGGCAAAUCGCGUUCCGCGCAGACACGGGUUGCGUUCGCUUCUGGAUGCAAACGGGGCUCCGGAACGGAUCCCGUUCGCAUCCAGAGGUACCACUGUAAUAAUAAUAAUAAUUUAUUAACUGUACCCCGCCCAUCUGGCUGGGUUUCCCUGGCCACUCUGGGCGGCUUCCAACAAAGAUUAAAAAUACAUUAAAAUGUCACACAUUAAAAACUUCCCUGUAUCUGAGUUUCUAACCCAGUCUUGACCCUGCGCUCUUUCUGCAGAGCUGGAGGCUGCGAGGCAGAAGGGGACCGCAGCCGAGAGCCAGCGCGAUCGGCUGCAGGAGGAGAAGGAGAUCCUCUCCCGUCAGCUGUCAGAGAAGCAGGACAUGAUCCUGAAGCUGGAAGAGGAAGCAGCGCGGUGAGUCUUGAUGCUCAGAAUCGAGGCUCCUUCCCAGGGAACUCUGGGAAAUGUAGUUCUGGGAGAGGAAUAGGGAGAGCUCCCUAUGACUGUCAGUGCCCUGAACAGACUACACUUCCCAGAAUCCUCCGGGGGAAGUCAAUGACUGCUUAAAGUGGUAUCACAGUACAGUACUUUAAAGGCAUGGUGUGAAACCCCAAAAGUUCCCUGAGAGAGGAGGUUUGAUAGUUAAGCUGCUCUGGGAAUCGUAGUUCUGGGAGGGGGAUAAACUCUCGCCACCCUUAGCAAACCAACGACUACCAGAAUUCUUUGUGGGGAGCCAGGACUGCUUAAAGUCCUACGAUACGGGUUUUAAUGUUUGCAACCUUUAUCAGUGAGCUGCCUGCAGUCCCAGUUUUGUAAAAGGGUGGGGUAUAAGUAUUAGAACAAUGGCAAUAAUAUAAUGAUUAUUCAGUGUUGUUAACUGCCCUGUGAAUUUUGGAUUAAGGGCAAUUGUCGCGUUCUGAAGGCGAAGGAAAGGACUGGACCCUGAUUAAAACAAAACACGAGGCAAAACUCUGGGAGGAAGAGCGAAAACUCUCCACCCCUCGGCCCAGGUCGUUUUAGUCACAAAAGAACUUUUUACGCGGUGUUCGUAAGAACCAAUCAGAUUUCCUCUGAGCAUUUCAAAAAAACCCAUGUGUGGACAAUGUUAGGUCAGAGAAAUCCUUUUAACUUCAAAGACUACUUUGAGCAUGCAUACGUGUCCAGGUAAAAUGUGCAGGAAUCCAGGAGGAAUGCAUUUAGCAAACCCCGGAGGUCAUAAACAGGCAGUAAACAGGAAAGGAAGGAUAGGCAUCUUCAUCACUUCCAUGUGAAACUCUGUUUCCUGGCCCUAAGAUUAACAAACUACAUCAAAGUUACCUACUAUCUUAUGGCCCAGGAUGCCUGGUGAAGCAACUGGUCUGUGUUUUAGAACGCUGAUGCGUGCCUGUCAGGUGUAGAGAAAUGGGCAGAGAUGCAGGGGCUUGUGGGAUUUGAUCAGGAAUUAUUGUCACUGACUCAAGCCCAGUCAACGCAAUGCUUUCAUUGCGGACACAGUGGCUUGCUCCAUAUUUUCAUAAUUCCUCAUAGUAAUCCCACGUGACCACCACAGGCAAUGUAUAAAUUUAGUGAAUAGAAAUUGAAUAAAAGAUAUAUCCAAUAUAUAUUUCUGGCAUGGCCUUCACCAGAUGGGCGGGGUAUAAAUAAUAAAUUAUUAUUAUUAUUAUUUAUUAUUUAUUUAUUUAUUUAUUUAUUUAUUAUUUAGUCGAGCUCAAGCUUGAAGCUGCUGAAAUGUCAGCAAAUGUAAUAGUGGGGUGCAGAUUUGAACCCGGGUCUCCCCGCUGCGGGUCCAACACCCUGACCCCCCAGAGCCACAUUCACACCAGACGCCUGAAGCACUAUGACUUCACUUUACGCAGUCGUGCUGUCGUCCCUGAAUCCUGGGAACUGUAGUUUAAAGGUGGCGAGUGUCCCCCUUCCAGAGCUACGGUCUCCAGAGAGGGACCAAUGGCUAAGCCUCUCUGGGAAUUGUAGCUCUGGGAGGUGGGAGCCUCAUAACGGCGCUCAGCACCCUCAGCAAGCCACAGUUCCCAGGCUCCCGCUAACCCUGUUCCGUGUGACGCAGGCUGUCGGUGGAGAAGGCGAGGGCAGAGCAGGAGCGCGACGAAGCCCGGCGGGAAGCUGGCGAGACGGCCGAGUGCCGGGAGGUACGGAGAGGGGCGGCUCCUGGAGCAGCGAGGGGCGCAGGUCUGGGGCGGGUGGGGAAGGGGAGCGGGGCCCAGGUGCGAGAGCCACAGCUUGGCGGCAGGGUGCCUGCUCAGCGUGCAGAAGGCCCCAGGGUUUGGUCUCCUGACCUAGCCACUGAUCCACGCGACGGUCACCUCCAGACUGGAUUAUUGUAUGUUUUUCUAACAUGAUUUUUAUUAAGUUUUCUAUGUUUCAUUACCUUUUCAUAUCAGAAAUCCGUAACUGAAGACAUUGCUUACAUAAAGCAUCGACCUCCUUCCCUCCCUCUAACUGACUCACGCACAACUUUACCAAUUUCUUCACAUUACUGUUACCACGUUUUUACCUUAUAGCUCUCUUUUAACAUUCACCUUCUUAUAUGUAAAUCGGCUUCUUAUUUUCACAUUACCAAACAUUUCAGCUCAAACCUACAAACGUUUUCAACUGUUUACCAUUUUCUUUCAUAUAGAAUAUAAAUUUGCUCCAGUCCUUUUGAAACAGUUCAUCACGCUGUUUCCAGAUCUUCCCAGACUUGAUUAUUGUAACUCACUCUGCGUGGGGCUGCCCUUGAGACUGACCCAGAAACUCCAGUGGGUGCAGAAUGCCGCGACGAGACUCCUUACGGGGUCCUCGUCGCGGGAUCACAUUCACCCGGUGCUAUACCAGCUGCACUGGCUCCCGGUGGAGUGCAGGAUCAGGUUUCAGGUGCUGGUUUUAACCUUUAAGGGACGCGGGUGGUGCUGCGGGUUAAACCGCAGAGCCUAGGGCUUACCGAUCAGAAGGUUGGCGGUUCGAAUCCCUGCGACGGGGUGAGCUCCCAUUGCUCGGUCCCUGCUCCUGCCCACCUAGCAGUUCGAAAGCAUGUCAAAGUGCAAGUAGAUAAAUAGGUACUGCUCCGGCGGGAAGGUUAGGGUUAGGGCGUUUCCAUGCGCUGCUCUGGUUCUCCAGAAGCGGCUUAGUCAUGCUGGCCACAUGACCCGGAAGCUGUACGUCGGCUCCUUUGGCCAAUAAAGUGAGAUGAGCGCUGCAACCCCAGGGUCGGCCACGACUGGACCUAACGGUCAGGGGUCCCUUUACCAUUACCUUUUAACCUUUAAAGUCCUAUACAGCCUAGGACCCUCGUACCUACAGGACCGCCUCUCCUGGUAUGUCCCACGGAGGACCUUACGGUCUUCAAACAAAAACAUCUUGGAGGUCCCGGCCAUAGGGAGGUUAGGCUGGCCUCAACCAGAGCCAGGGUUUUUUCGGCUGUGGCCCCGAUCUGGUGGAACGCUCUGUCCCAAGAGACCAGGGCCCUGCGGGACUUGACAUCUUUCCGCAGGGCCUUCAAGACAGAGCUGUUCCACCAGGCUUUAGGCACAGCCUGACCCCCUCCUUCUGUAAUCCUCAUAGAACUCUAGCCCAUAGAAUUGAUUUUAGAAUGAAUGGAUUUUAGAAUGUAUUUCAAUUCAUUGAUUGUGAUUUUAUGUAAACUCUCUUAUUUUUACUGUUGUUAGCCGCUCUGAGCCCAGCUUCGGCUGGGGAGGGCGGGAUAUAAAUAAAAAUUAAUUAUUAUUAUUAAGGGCAUCUCCUAGGGUAAAGCAGCUUCCUGCUGAAAGUCACAAGUUGCCUUUCAUGAGGACUGGUAUCUUUCUUCUCAGCAGAGGAGGACCUGCUUUGAAUACCAGCUCUUUGUAGGGCUGGAAGAGGAGGCUGCCUGCCUCUCAGUGUGGGCCAGUGGUUUGAAAACUUCUUUCUCCAGGCCACACUUUCAGAAUAAAAAUUUGCCUCGCUGAAUUUUUUUAUUGAUAAGAUAUUUUUAUUGUUAUUUUAUUUAUACCCCACCCACUUGGCUGGGUUUCCCCAGCCACUCUGACAUUGGAAAUCAAGAAGAAACAACAGCUUGCCGUGCUUGAGUUAUAACCCUGAACACAACUACUUUGUGAUACGAUUGUGGGGCAUCCAGAAAGUGGAAAAUGCAGCCGCGUAAGAACACGGAUGAAUGUUUCUUUGAUGGCCCUUGAAUCUUCCCGCCGGAGAGUUGGCCCCAAUGGUCUGACUCUGCAUAAACCAGCUUCUUGUAUUCCUCUUGAAAUCACAUCUUUCUUCAGAACAUUUUAUCUAGUUUGUAAAAUCUAUACACCGCUUGAUGGAGGGGGGGAGAGAAACCCCUCAAAGCGGUUUACAAAAUUGAGCAAAAUCAAGAGAGAUUGACAGAAGGUACAGAAGGUAAAAUGCUAAAACAGACUAAAAAUAUCUCAACCUUCUGGGCGCUUGGGUAGACUUCUCUAAACAGGGGUGUUUUUUGCAGUAUAAGGUGACUCAGAACAGUAUAACUAUUCUAUCUCGGAAACAAUCAGCAAUAACACAAUCAACAAAUGGAUUUUUUAAAAUGUUGGUGUAAAAUAAAAGAAUCGGUGUAAAAUAAUGCAAAUAAGCCAACCUAACCAAACUGCUGAAAUGUUAAAAGUUUAUAGAUCUGGAAAACCAAAUUGCCCGCCGCCAGCUCUCGGAGACGGAGUUGGAGCUGAAGGCCACCCUCGUGACUCUGUGGGAGCGCAGCGCCCAGCUGGAGGACCUCAAGGGGGCCCACAGCGCCCUUCAGUAAGUGCCUGUUCCUCUCCGAGACCCCUGAAGCUCCCCCCACCCACCCAAAAGAGUGUCUCCCUCCUUUUGUGGCGUAGGGAACAGCAUCGUCCUGACUCUCCUGUCCCCCACCCCACCCCUAAAGGCAGGAGCGAGAGGCUGUUGGCGAGGAGCUGGCGAGCGCGAAGGCGGAAAUGGAGAGGACCCAAUCCAGCAUGGAGGCCUGCGCCUGCUCCUUGCAGGAGAUGGACGGCGCUCAGACGCAGCUCCUGGAAAUUGCCAGUUUCCUCGAACGGGUGCUGCAGGGAGAGGUGAGGCAACUGUGUGCAGUGGGGUCCCUGCCAUCUCUCUCCCCUGCUGGGAAAGGGUCUUGGAAUCACAGAAUGGUAGAGUUGGCAAGGGACCCCCAAAGGUCAUCCAGCCCAACCCGCUGCAAUGCAGGAAUCGCAGCUGACGAACCCCUUCGGAGUCGUAUCAUGGCAGCACUCCCAACGCUCUGCUCUUUUGCAGGUGGUCGACACAGCCCCCAGGAGGCGGCCCUGCACCCCCAGGCGACUCACCCCCCACCGCUUUGGGACCUCCUUUGUGGACAGCAUCUUGCAGGCAGUGGCGGAGAGAGGUGGGGAUUUCUGUUCGCCCAUCUCGGGGGGGGGGGGAGGCGCCCUGAACACAAACCCAGAGCGGAAAGCCCCCCCCCCCCGACUUGACAUGUUGUCAGCCCUCAUGGGGGAAAGGGGUAGUAAUAAUAAUAAUAAUAAUAAUAAUAAUAAUAUAAUAAAUUUAUUACUUAUACGCCGCCCAACUGGCUGGGUUCUUCCAGCCACCCACGUAGAGCACAUUGCAGUAGUCCAAGCCCCGCCCCCAGGCCACUCAAUUGCAGCCUCCCUCUUAAUUCUGACUCAAGGGGGCAUUGCAGGUUUUCACCCCCCAAAUUUUGUGCCUCCUGUUCUUUUUCAGACGUGGAAACUCCCGGGAUUUGGAGCGAGAGCACCGCUUUCACGAAAGCCGUUCAUGAAGGUCCGCCCAAGCCGGCAGGUAACUAGGACUUGGCCCUGAGAGGGGACCAGGGUUCGAAUUCCCCGCUUGGCCACUAAGCUCCCCACUGGGUGUGCCCUGGGCAGCCCCCUGCCUCUCUCCGCCUCGCCUACCUUGUUGUUGGUGGGGAUUAGAUGGGGACGGGGAGGAAAUCCACGUCUGCCCCCUUGAGCUCCCGGGAGGGAAAAGGUGCGACAGGAAUGCAAUAAAUGAAUGAAACACAGCCCUCUCACGGGGGGGGGGGGUCUGUCCCGUCCGCAGAGCUCCAGGAUCAGCUCUCCACCCACGUCCAAGACUUGCUGGCCGUUUCAGAACAGCUCCGCCUCCUGGCUUCGCAGCAGCAGAGGGCCGCCCAGGAGGAGAGGGAAACCCUGCAGGCAGAAAUGUAAGUGGGUCUGGGGGCUUGCUUUGCGCUGGGGAAACCCAGAGGUGAAGAUGCUCUACCUGAGGUUCCUGCAUUGAAGGAGCUUGGGCUACAGGACCCUUCCAACUUCUCAAUAGUGAUGGAAUGCACAGGUGGGGAACGCUUAUUUUUUGGUGAGUCUUAUAUUACCUGUAAAGGGAACCAUUACAUGGAUUGAUAUAUUAUUAUCCUGUUGAAGCUGCGCUGUGUCUUUUCUCCUCCCAGGCUGUGACACCUAAUGGUCUGAUUUUUUUUAUUCUUUUACCUUUUUCAUUAACAAAUCAAUUUAUUUUAUUUUUAAAAAGAAACAGCACAUCUGGUUUAAAUAAAGGGAAUCGGGUACAGCGGAGGAGCAGGAACUUGUUUCCAGCUGCCUUCUCUUUCAGGGGCCACAAUCCAUGCAGACUCUCUUUCUCUCCUUCCUUCAGGCAAGGAGGAAGCUACGGGCAAAUUUCCAAAACACUCGUAGAGAGGUCAAAGCGAUUCUUUGAAUAUUUUCAAGGUGCGAUCAGGAUUCCUGCUUGCAGCAUUGGGGAGCGGGGACCUCAGGCUCCGUGGGCUGAAUGUGGCCCCCCAGACCUCUCCUUGCCCCCAGGACUCUCCCCAGACCACGCCCCUUGCUUUGCCCUCUCUAUGUGUUUUGGAAAUGUGCCCUUAGCUUCUUCCUUGCCUAAUAAUAAUAAUAAUAAUAAUAAUAAAUUUUAUUUAUACCCCACCCUCCCCAGCCAGAGCCGGUCUCAGGGUGGCUAACACCAGUAAAAUGACAGUAAAAACAUAAUAGGAAGAAAAGAAGAAGAAAAAAACCCAAUUUAAAAUACAGGUUAAAAUGCAAUUUAAAAUGCAGCCUCAUUUUAAAAGCAGCCCUUAGAUCAAGACCAUAAGGGGAGGGAAACAUAAGGGUCAGACUAAGUCCAAACCAAAGGCCCGGUGGAACAGCUCUGUCUUGCAGGCCCUGCGGAAAGAUGUCAAGUCCCGCAGGGCCCUGGUCUCUUGCGACAGAGCAUUCCACCAAGUGAAAAAGAAUAACAAAAUCAGACUAUUAAGCGUCACAGCCUGGGAGGAGAAAAGACACAGCGCAGCUCCAACAGGAUAAUAAUAUAUUAAUCCGUGUAAUGGCUCCCUUUAUAGGUAAUAUAAGACUCAUAAAAAAAUGAGCAUUCCCCACCUGUGCAUUCCAUCACUAUUGAGAAGAAACAUUUUGCCUAGUCUUAAAUGGGCCAGGCUUUUGCAUAUACGGGAGGUCCUGGGUGACCUUGUGCCGCAAUAUUUGUACAAGAAAUAAAACCAUGUGUUGUAUAUAUUGCUAAAAGGUCCUUUUCGCUCUGUUGUUUGGAUGCUGUUAGAUUAUGAGAUACAUUUUCAAGAAGGACAGUCCUAGAAUCGUAGAACUGUCGAGCUGAAAGACACCCCGGGGUCAUCUAGUCCAACCCCUUGCCAUGCGGGAUCAAUCCAGAUUAUUCCCCCAGACUGGGCAACGCAGAGUUGAAUUUGGGGGCCUCUCUCCCUUCUCCCCCACCCUGCAGUUUGCGGCUCCAGGGCCUGGGGAGGGAGCUGGAGGCUGAGGUUGAUUCCCGCGACGCCAGCAUCGCCCAGCUGAGCAAGACUCUCCGUGACAGGAUGCAGGUGAGGUUGCCAGGAGGAGGGGGAUCUGGGUCAGGAUGGAGCCGCAGGGCUCGGAGGAUCUGGGGCACGGAUCGGCCGGGGAUCCGCUUCUAGGGCGUUGCAGCAACCAGGGAGCCAGCCUCCAUCUCAAUCAGCCUGCAUGUCUCUGAAGCCGCUGUGGAAUAGAUAGGUAGAUAAUUUAUUACAGUCAAAGACCAGCUCACAUAACAUAACAUAAUACAAUAAAAACAGCGUUCAUAAAGAUAAAAUAUACAAUCAGAGCAGAUUGCAGCAAUAGCUCAUGAGUUAAAAUUGAGAUAUAUGCAUACACCCGUACAGCUGAAAUUUGGCCUACCAUAAAAAAUUGACCCUGAGGCGCCCCAAAGGGCGACUUCAGCAUUUCCCUAGUAAGCUAAUUUAUUCUAGAGGGUGAUCUGUGCCUACAAAUCUGGAUGCAGAAUCUGGCUACCAGCCAGGUUGUCUUGUGAUCUUUGCCUAAGAGGAGAGAAUUAAGUUUAGACUUGUCUGAAAGAUCGGCGAGCCUCUUCAGCAAAGGAUCAAUGGUGUCUCUACGAAUCUCAGCGUAAAAAGGACAUCUAAAAAUAUAUAUGUUCGGGGCUUCCUGUUUCCCCUAAUGGGCAGGCGCAAAGUCUCUGUGUGUGUGGGACUCUUCUAUGGGAGCCUUCCAGAACCGGUGAGGGCAAGGCUGAGCUUCUAGCAAGAGUAAAAGCCCUGCUUGCGUUUCUGGAUGUGAGGAAAUAGAGAUAUGUUGCUGGAGUGGCUACGUAUCUCCCGUUUUCUAUGCGCUGUGGAAUAAAAAUAAAAAAAGAGGAUUGGAGAGUUGGAAGGGACCCCCAAUUGUUAUCCAGUCCAGCCCCCUGCAAUGCAGGAAUCACAGCUGCAGAAUCUUUGGCAGGUGGCCACCCAAGCUCUCUUUACAAGACAGGAGAUUCCACCACCUUCCCAGGGACUGUCAAACAGCUCUUACUGUCAGAAAGUUCUUCCUAAGCUUUGGAAAGGAAUCCCCUUUCUUCUUGUUUGAAUCCUUCGCAAAAUAGUUUCCAGGAUAAGGGACAUAGUCUGAAAAUAAGGAGCACUUAUUUUAAUCAGAAGGGACGCAGGUGGCGCUGUGGGUUAAACCACAGAGCCUAGGACUUGCCGAUCAGAAGGUCAGCUGUUCGAAUCCCCGUGACGGGGUGAGCUCCCGUUGCUCGGUCCCUGCUCCUGCCAACCUAGCAGUUCGAAAGCACACGAGUGCAAGUAGAUAAAUAGGUACCACUCUGGCAGGAAGGUAAACGGCGUUUCCGUGUGCUGCUCUGGUUCGCCAGAAGUGGCUUAGUCAUGCUGGCCACAUGACCCGGAAGCUGUACGCCAGCUCCCUCGGCCAGUAAAGCGAGAUGAGCACCGCAACCCCAGAGUCGGCCACGACUGGACCUAAUGGUCAGGGGUCCCUUUACCUUUACCUUUUAUUUUAAUCAGAAACCAAGAAGAGCAGAACUUUAAGAAGGAAAUGGGGGAAAUUUACAAUGCAUUUAAGAGAACACUGCAAACAACCAAAACUUUGGCAAGAUUUGAGUAAUGCUUGUAAUGUAUGAAAAACUACGGUGUAAAAAUGGAUUAGUUUUUUUAUUUAAAAAAACAGAAAAUUAAGGGAAGCAGUUGAAAAAAGAAUGAUCAGGGUAACCAUGGAAAGGCAGAGGAGAGUCGAAGGAUUCAGGGAAAUCCUAAAUGAUGAUGUUGGUGUUUAUUGUGUGAAUUUAAAUUUGCAAUGUAAAAACAUUUGGCAAAGAAAAGAAAGAAAAUAAGGAACGCUUGGAGCACGGAAGGUGGGACGGGUUGUCUAAACUCUUUCCUCUCCCUGGGCAGCAUCUGCCGCCCUGUUUCCCACCCCCAGAGUCCAAGGGACUAGAAACUUAGCCAGGCUUUGGCGAAACCACUGUGAAACCUUUCUCCCUCCCUGCCCUCUUACGCUCUCUCUCUCACACACAGGACGAAAAGGAGCUUCAGGAAGUUAUCCGGCAGCAGGACAGGAAGCUUCAGCAGCUGGAUGACCAGAGUGCGGACAUCCGGGUAGGUCCAAGGGCCGCCUACCCUCUGGCGUUCUCAGAGAUCUGUGUGCCCCAGGAAGGAGAACGUCCUGGAGCUCACAGCAAAAGCUGCCUUAAUAUGUUCAUGGUCCAUAGACUGCAAUACCGCCUGCCCUGGCUGGCAGCAAGCGCUCUCCGGGGUUUCAGGAAGAGGGUCUCCCCCAAGCCACCGGGGAAUUGAACCUGGCGCCUUCUGCAUGCCAAGCAGGUGCUCUGCCACUUAGCUGCAGCUGCUUCUCUGAAACAUAAAGAUUCUAGUCCUCAUUGCCUGAAAUAAGGGGCUGGUUUAAGUGGGAACAUGGGCAGCAGCCAUGAUGUUCUGUGCUGCCUUCACCCUCCAGCCUCCUGCAAAGGGGUGGGUUGCUGAACCCCGAGUGGCUGCUAAACGCGCCCCCCCCCAAUCUCUCUCUCCCUUCCCCAGAUCCUAAAACUGGAGUUGGAUCAGCUGAAAUCUGACCUCCGCAGCUGCGAGAUGGAGAGGUCAGCCCUGUGGGAAGAGCUCAGGGAGCAGAAGCCGUCCAGUGCGGAUUGGGUCCAGGAGAAGAUGUGUCUGCAGCGGCAGGUAUGGGGCUGGGUGGCGUCACUGAGGUCAGGAUCCAUCCUCAAGGUUAUCCCUGCAUGGACUGCGGCCGUCAGGCUAUCCCUGCGUGGCCAAAGAUUUAUUUGCACUCAAUGAAUUUUCAGGUGGUUUUAUUUGCAAUGAGGAAAAAAAAAUCAUUUGGGUCUUUUGUGGGGUCUCUUGGAACAGAUCCUGCAGAAACAGUAAAGGGUUUCAACUCUUCCUCCCUCCCCCAAUCCCACGGUGACCCCAAACCACCACCUUGUGGUUCAAGAUGGAGCCUUCUUGUCUCCUUAGGUUGCCAGGCUGAGGGAACUUCUGGCUGGCAAGGACAGCGAGAACAUGGACCUUGUGAUGAGAUACCAAGGCCGGGUGAGGACCUGGGGUGAGGGAUGCAGGAGAGGAGCCUUCCGGGGAGGGCCGGGAAAUGGCUGCCCUUGCAUGGACCAGCCCCCUAACUCCUCGCUCUUUUAGCCCCCUAACUCGUUCUUUCUGCUCCUGGCUUCCAGGUGAGGCAUCUGGAGGAGCAUCUUCUCCACGCUCAACGGGAGGUGAAGGCACUCAAGAGGACAGAGGCAAAGAUAAAGGAGGUGAGACCCAAUUAAUGGGGGGGGUGUGUCUUGGGAUGUGAGACCGUAUCUGGGGAGCUUGGAAGGCCAGAUCAGGUCUCGGGGGUCUUGGGAAGCGAGACACGAUCCCCCGGGGGUCUGGGGCACCUUCGAUUUCCUUUGCCCACCUCCCUCGGGAUUUCUCCCCUCCCCCUUUUUUUAAAAAGCCAAGGGACUCCAUCCUCCAUCUGGGCCAGGGAGGAUGAUGGGACUUGUAGUCCAGGAAAAUCUGGAGGGCCACAGAUAUCUACACCCCCCCCCCCAAUUUGGUUGCAUUAGAGCAGGGGCCAGCAAAUUUUUUCAGCAGGGGGCCGGUCCACUGUCCCUCAGACCUUGUGGGGGGCCAGACUAUAUAUAUUUCUUGGGGGGGGGGGAUAAACGAAUUCCUAUGCCCCACAAAUAACCCAGAGAUGCAUUUUAAAUAAAAGGACACAUUCUACUCAUGUAAACACACACUGAUUCCUGGACCGUACGCGGGCCGGAUUUAGAAGGCGAUUGGGCCAGAUCCAGCCCCCGGGCCUUAGUUUGCCUACCCACGCAAGAGGGUGCAGAUGGAAGAUUUUCUCCGUCUCUGGCCCUUCCUUUCCCCCAAAAGUAGCUCUUUAGGAUUUUCUUUCCAUAAAAGUCAUAACUUCCAAGCCCUCCUCCAGCGCAGGGGGGAAACACGACCCGCUGCUCAGCUGACCUGUGUAAUACAGUGGUUCCUUGGGUUACAGACGCUUCAGGUUACAUACGCUUCAGGUUACAGACUCCGCUAACCCAGAAAUAUUACCUCAGAUUAAGAACUUUGCUUCAGGAUGAGAACAGAAAUCGUGCUCCAACUGCAGCAGGAGGCCCCAUUAGCUAAAGUGGUGCUUCAGGUUAAGAACAGUUUCAGGUUAAGAACGGACCUCCAGAACGAAUUAAGUACUUAACCCGAGGUACCACUGUAUUUAUCCUGCACCGCGCAUGCACUGCCACCACAGCAGAAACUGAAUAAAAAGGUGGAAGGGUAUUGAGGCUUUGAGGUUAAAAAGGGCUCUGCUAGGGUGGUUUGUGGCAGGAGGCUGGUCCACCCCUGGUGGGAGACAGAAUGGUUUCCACAAGCAGCGUCCUUUCUUAGACCUAAGGGGCUAGUCCUCUUGAUCUGUGGCUUGGGCUGGGAAAGACCCCCCUCCCCAUCUCAAAAGGCGAAGAAGCCGCUGCCAGCCUCCUCCAUUCCCCAAUGCCUCUUUUUCCUCCAACUUCCAGGUGAUGUCUUCGCUUCCCGCUGAAGCUUCCCACAUCUCGGAAGUGCGCUUAAUUUUCGACCUCCUCGGAUGAAGCCGGCUGAGGGCUGGGGAGAAUAGGACAGAGAAAGGGGCUGUUUGGCGGCCUGAUCCGGCCGUGUGUGUGUAUUUAAAUAAAUGUGUGUGUGUGUCUUUUGCAAGGA